AUUAUAGUAACUUUAUACUUAAUUGAAAAUGUGACAAACAUUAUAUUUUAAUGCUAUUCUUGAUUCGUUUUGUUCGAGAAUUUUGUAGUUAGCAAUGCGAACAAUAUACAUAAUAUGCAUAAUUAAUAUUACUACAGUUUAUUCUAUUAACAUAAUUAAGUAUUGAUAACAAGUCUCAUGUUGAUAACAAAAAUAAAUUAAUAUUCACCUACCUAAUUUGCCAUAUAGGCACAUACUGAUUGGCUAUGCACACUUGUUUCGUACACGUUUAUAUUGUAAUUGCCGGUAUCAGUGUUGGAGAUAACUUGUUUUUUAAUGAGGAAUAUUCAAGACUGCUUUUGUAAAAUGACGUACUGGCUGUUAAUUAUAUUUACAAGUUUGCUAGGGACAGAUGGGUGGUCGGAUAACCGACAGCGCAAGUUUAAGGAUGACUUCCUGUUUGGUGCAGCCACUUCAGCCUAUCAAGUGGAAGGAGCUUGGAACAUUGAUGGUAAGAGUGAGAGUAUUUGGGAUAGAUAUUUUCAUGAACAUCCUGAGGUGGUAGUGGAUGGCAGGAAUGGUGAUGUAGGCAGCGACUCUUACCACCAAUAUAAGAGAGAUGUGGAGUUGCUGAGAGAGCUAGGUGUAGACUUCUAUCGAUUCUCCAUGUCCUGGAACAGAAUAUUACCUACAGGUUUCCCCAACAAAAUCAAUGAAAAGGGUAUCCAAUACUAUGAUAAUCUUAUUAAUGAACUCCUUAAAUACAAUAUUGAACCAGUGGUGACUUUAUUCCAUUUUGAUUUACCCCAAACUCUCCAAGAUUUGGGCGGUUGGGCCAAUCCUUUAUGUAUUGAGUGGUUUGAAGAGUAUGCUCGCGUUGUAUUUGACAAAUAUGCGGAUAAAGUAAAAUAUUGGAUCACAGUUAACCAACCGAAUGACAUAUGUAUUGAAAGUUAUGAGAGUGAUAGGUGGCCACCAGCGGCUGAAUCAAAAGGGAUAGGACCAUAUUUGUGUAUAAAGAAUGUUAUGUUAGCCCACGCAAAUGUUUACAGAUUGUAUGUAAAUGAAUACAAGAAUAAGUAUAAAGGAUCUGUUGGAAUAUCAUUGGCAGUGAACUGGUUGGAACCUUUGAACAACAAGACUGAAAAUGUAGAAGCUGUUGAACUGUAUAGAGAAUUUACGCUGGGCUUGUUUAUUAACCCUAUAUGGUCAAAAGAGGGUGACUUUCCUCAAGUGGUGAAGGACAUUGUUGCCAAAAGGAGUAAGGAACAGGGAUUUACUAAAUCAAGAUUGCCAAUACUUAGUAAACAAGAAAUCAAAUUAUUAAAAGGUUCAUCGGACUUCUUAGGCAUAAAUCAUUAUACAACGUCUCUAGUAAGUCCAUCUAGCGACGAGUUUCCAUCACCGUCAAUCGCUGAUGAUGUUCGUGUACAACUGAGUAAGAGGUCUGAAUGGAAAAUUGCGAAGUCACCUUGGUUGGCGAGCGCUCCAUACGGUAUCUACAAAGCGUGUAUUCACAUUAACUUAAAGUACGACUACCCUCCGGUCUUUAUCACGGAGCACGGCUGGUCCACAGACGUGGGCCUGCAGGAUGAAGACAGAGCAUAUAACCUUCGUGAAUACAUGAAGGCGAUACUACUGGCAAUAGAAGAUGGGACCAACCUGAAGGGAUAUACCGCCUGGAGUUUAAUUGAUAAUGUGGAAUGGAGUGCUGGUACCAGUGAACGUUUCGGUUUAUACGAGGUGGACUUCGAUUCUGACGACAAAACGAGAACACCGCGGCUCUCAGCCCAUGUUUACAAGCGACUUAUUAAAACGAGGGUAGUCGAAGAAAACUGGAAGCCGAAAAGUAUGAAAAUGAAGAUUUCUGAUAGAAAAUUUAAAGAACCCGAACCCAAAGCGGAGCUUUAAACCAUUGUACACUAACAAAUGAAUGUACGUAAUGGCCUUAACUGUUACAGUUAAUGAGACGAUCUCGAUCGCGAUUUUUAGUUUACUUUACAUAAAUUACCACAAACUGCAGAGUUCUUUUAUUUUUUAAUUUUUCUAUAAUUACAGAAUAAAAAAAUAUUUAUUUUUAUAAUUGUUUUAGAACUUUAGAUCGAAAAAAUGUGAUUGCUACAAAUUUCAACAUUUAAGGGUUAUAAGUCAUAGCAAAGCAUUUUUUUUUAUACUGUUGGGCUUAUGGUUCAUUCCAUCAUAUGUCAGCAAAGAUUAUUUUUGUUAUAUAUAAUAAU